CUUGCCCAUUUAUCACAGAAGUCCAACGUUCUAUAGAUUAUACCAUAUUGUAUAAAAUCUAGGUCAAAACCCUCCGUACCCUUCUCCCAAGCCAGACUUUUCUCAAGAAGAGCGUCUCAUAUAAGCAAAGGUUUACUCGACAUGGAAGGUAAGUAAUUAGUAUCACGAUAUUGGCACAAGUUAAUUAUCAAGAUCUCUCUUAAGACAAAGGCGGGUUGCCACGGAUAUAUUUUCUCUUAAGACAAAGGCGGGGAGAAACAUGGAAACAGGUGCAGACAAGAUGGAUUUGAAAGGGAAUAUGGAAGACGAAAUGUUGUUGAAGUCAACUGUAGAGGAAAACUUUCGUAGGGAUCUGUAUCCGCCAAUUGAACCAUACAAUUCAGGAUUCUUGAAAGUUUCAGAAAUUCAUUCCUUGUACUGGGAGCAAAGUGGCAAUCCAGAUGGACAUCCAGUUGUAUUUCUUCAUGGGGGACCUGGAGGUGGUACAAGCAGUGGCAAUAGAAGAUUCUUUGAUCCUGAAUUUUACCGUAUCAUCCUUUUUGACCAGCGCGGUGCAGGAAAAAGCACGCCACGGGCAUGCCUAGAGGAGAAUACAACAUGGGAUAUUGUUGAGGACAUUGAGAAACUUAGAAAACAUUUGGAAAUUGAAGAAUGGCAGGUGUUUGGUGGAUCAUGGGGUAGCACUAUAGCCCUAACAUAUAUCCAGUCAUAUGUUGAGCAUAUCACUGGGGUUGUCCUCAGAGGAAUAUUCCUCUUAAGAAAGAAAGAAUUAGACUGGUUCUACGAGGGAGGUGUAGCUGCAAUCUAUCCUGAUGCUUGGGAAUCAUUUAGGGAUUUCAUACCAGAGGAGGAAAGAGGUGACUUCGUGAAUGCAUAUCACAAGCGAUUGAAUAGCAGUGACAAAGAAAUACAGAACAAGGCCGCCAAAAUUUGGACUAAAUUGGAGAUGGCAACUUCCUAUCUUCUUCCCAAUGAAGAUUCUCUAAAGAAAGGAGAAGAUGAUGGGUUUGCUCUGGCAUUCGCUCGAAUUGAGAACCAUUACUUCAAGCAUAAGGGUUUUUUCCCCACAGAAUCUUUUUUGCUCGACAAUGUAGACAAGAUCAGACACAUUCCUGCCACAAUUGUGCAGGGAAGAUACGAUGUUGUUUGCCCAAUGAUGACUGCAUGGGAUCUUCACAAAGCAUGGCCUGAAGCUGAUUUCAAGGUAGUUUCAGAUGCAGGGCACUCAGCCAAUGAACCAGGGAUAACAUCACAACUAGUAGCAGCAAAUGAGCGGCUUAAGGGAGUACUAAAGAAGAGGAAGUAGCAAAUGAGCAGCUUAAGGGAUUACUAAAGAAAAGAACUAAUCUGUUCAUUAAUAAGUUCUUACUGUUAUUUUUUAGUGAGCAAGUCCAAAAGAAAAUUAGAAGAUUGACAAACCCCUAUUUCAAGAAAUAACUCCAAUAUCGGAGUUCAUUUCAUGCCAAUUCUAUUUGCAUGAUAUAUGAUCUGAAGGACCAAAAUUGCGUCUGCUUUAAAGACUGAUACUAUUUGCAAUGAUAUGAUCUGAAGGACCAAAAUUGUACCUGCUUUAAAAUAGAAACAUGUCUUCAGUGCUUUAGACUGAAAUUCUUCAAAGAUACCUAUAGAAUUGGAUAAGUUGACUGAGCAUGGUUGGUUCUGUGCUUGCGAAAAAUGGAAGGUUUGUAAAAUUGUGACAUCAUUCAUGAUACACCUAAUGAUCCAUUCUUCCUCCUGCUUUACUAUUUGUUAAUAAAAAAGAGUCUGGAUAUCUCAAUUUA